AUGUCUGAGGAUUUCUUAUCAAAUGAUCUUAAAUCAGUUAAUAUCUCUCAACCUACUAACGCUGUAAAAACAAAUACUUUUACUCUCAAAUUCAAUGAGCUUUCUAAUACCCAACUGGAUAUACUUUCAGAAGCUAUUCAUAACGAAUUAUAUAAAAAUAGUGUUAGUCAAAAACCGUUACCACCACAAAGUAUUCAAUCGAUCCUAACUACUUCUUUAAUUCCUACUGAUUUUAUGGGUCUGUUAGAAUCAGAGCAUGCAUAUCAAUAUUUAAAUGAUCAAAACGAUCCAUUUGAAAAGCAAAAUAUUUGUAAAAUAUUACAGCUUAAUCUGCAGGACAAACUAUAUAUUACAGAGCAAAUAACAAAAAGGGUAGCACAUGGGAUUGAUCUUAAAGGCUACGUUCACAUCUUUAACCCACAAUGUUUUAAAAAUGCAUUUGGAGAAACCCUGGUGGAUUUUUUUGAUUUUAACAAUCCCGUAGCUGUAAAAGAAACACAAAUGGGAGUAAAUCAAUAUUAUAAUCACACUUAUACCAAUCCUUCCCACCAAUCUAAAAAUUUCACAAAGGAUCUGGUGGAACAUUUUGGCAGUUUUACUGAUAGCAAUAUUGAACCGUUUACUUCAGCCAAUACUACAUCUAGCCAUUGUCAAGAACAUUUGGAAUGUGUUCAAAAGUUAAUCAAAGGACUUCAGCCUAUUUUAAAUGUGAUUAAUAAUUAUUUUAAUAAUACAUAUCCCUGUCUAUAUGCUAAGAUGAAAACUCUCGAUCUUGGGCCUAAUGUUUCAAAACCCUUUGGAGCUUUUCCAACAGUUUCAAUUAAUUUUAAUGCCAUCUGCCAAUUCCAUCAUGAUUUAAAAGACCAUCGUAAUACACUUUGUGUAGUGUGCCCUCUUGGGACAUUUAAAGGUGGAAAAUUAAUCUUUCCUGAAUUAAGAUUAGUUAUAUAUGUUAAACAAGGAUAUGGUGUGGCUUUCUGA